AUGUUUCCACUCGAGGGUCGCAGCUUGUCCAUCUUCGUUGUUACACUCAUCUUUCUGAUACUCUCGUUCCUCUCCGUCGCCCUACGAUGUUUCGUCCGGCUAAGAUUAGUGAGGGCAUUUGGCUGGGAUGACUCCCUGAUGGUUCUUGCCAUGGCGUUGAAUAUUUUGUUUGCGCUAUGCGGAAUGAUCGGUGCGCGGUAUGGCUUGGGUCGAAAGAUGAAGGAUUUCCUAGAAUUGCCAGACUAUGCACAUGAGUUUGAGACUGCGCUUUUUUGGUGGUGGCUUGGCCAAACGAGCUAUGUUAUCACAUGCGUGGCUGCCAAGGUCUCCAUCGCUCUAGCACUCCUUCGUCUUACAGUCACUAAAGCUCAUAAAAUCAUCCUAUGGGGUGUAAUUGGGGUUUCUAUAGUGGUCGGACUCGUGUUUUGGCUCAUGCUCAUGCUGCAGUGCAAACCUGUGGAUUAUUUUUGGCACCGGCUUACUUCCACGGGGACCUGCUUGAACACCGACCAUAUCCUCAACAUCGCCUACGUGUACAGUGUGAUCGCGACCAUCUGUGAUUUUAUCCUGGGUCUCCUGCCUAUUGCGUUGGUAUGGAAACUGCACAUGAACCAAACAACCAAAGCUGCGCUUGCUGGGAUUCUGAGUAUGGGAUGCGUUGCCAGCGCUGCUGUUAUAGUCCGAAUCCCAUACCUUCACUAUUACAAAGACAAAGAUUUCUUAUACGCCACAACGAACAUCUCCAUUUGGUCGAACGUCGAAGCCGGACUUGGAAUAACUGCAGGCAGCCUCGUAACCCUUCGUCCGCUUUUGCGCUGGUUCCGUGGCGAAACAAGUUACGUGAAUUCAAAGAGCAGGACGUGGUAUGGAGGGACCGGAAGUAUGCCUUUGUCGAGCAUGAACGGGGCACGGCAAUCCCGACAAGAUCAGCCAGGGAGGCAUUGGCGGCCUGAUAUUGAAUCUCAAAACAGCCAUGGGGUUGUUACCACUGUUCAUGGAAGCCCAAACAGCAGUCGGGAGAACCUCAAUCCCAAUCAGAACUCACUGGCUGGGGUCAAUGUACAGAAGUCGUUCCUGGUGACCACUACUAGGAUUAUACUCAUUGCAAUAUGCGAAUAA